AUGCAGAAGUGGAAGCCGGCUCCGGGCUGGCGCCGCUUGUGCUGCGCGGUGCCGGGGCAGGCGGGAACAUCCCCGGGGGUUCCGCUCCCGUUAUCCCGCUCCCGGUGUCCCGCUCCCCGACGGGGCGGCCCCCGGCGCUUUCCCUCCCCUCGGGGGCGAUGCGGGCAGGGCAGGGCCGCAGGGCGGUGCCGGUGCCCAGGGCGGGCCCCGGGGCUGGGCGAGGCGGAGCCCGGCGGGCAGCGAGGCCGGUCCCAUGGGAGCCCGGCGGGCCGGUGGAUGCCCAUGGCUUUCAGCCCGGGGCUGCUGGUGGUGGCCGGUUCCUUCGCCGCUUUCCGCCUGCUGAACCGGGGGCUGGAGCGGCUCGUGCCGCCGCCGCCCUCGGCCCGGCGCAACCGCUGGAAGUGGCGCAACAUCUGGACAUCGCUGGCGCACAGCGUGCUCAGCGGCGGCGGGGCGCUGGCCGGGUUUUACCUCCACCCCGAGAUGUCCAACGACCUGGUGGGCACACACCCGCCCGGGGCGCACAGCCUGGUGGCCGUGUCUGUAGGCUAUUUCAUUGAAGACUUUGUGGACAUGUUGUGCAAUCAGAAACUUCAUCAGUCCUGGGAGCUGCUCUUUCAUCACUCUGUGGUGAUCAUCUGCUUUGGAAUCGCCGUGCUGCUCCACCAGUACGUGGGCUUCGCCCUCGUGGCUUUACUGGUGGAGAUCAACUCCAUCUUCCUGCACCUGCGGCAGAUCCUGCUCAUGGCCAACCUGGUGCACACACCCUGCUACCGCCUCAACAGCCUGGUCAACCUGGGCACCUACGUGGUGUUCCGCAUGGCCACGCUGGCCUGGAUGAGCCGCUGGCUCUUCCUCAACCGCCACAACGUGCCCGCGGCCGCCUACGCCGUGGGCACGGCGGGCAUGGCAAUCAUGACGCCCAUGAACAUCGUCCUCUUCUACCGCCUGCUGCGCAGCGACUUCCUCAAAGCCCGGCGGGACAAGGAGGAAUGGCAGGAGAAGGAGGAAGGGCAGGAGAAG